AACUACUCAGUCGACAACAACGCGUCGUCGUCAGCGUUGCGGAAAAGAAAAACGUUGAAGAAGUCGAUCAACUUUUCGGUCAUGAUUGUGGGCGAAAGCGGCCUGGGCCGGUCUACCUUGAUAAACACCCUCUGUGGUGGAAACUCCAUUGUGCCCACGUCUCUGACUGUGAACCAAGAUCCAUUCACCAAGAAGUUGACAUUGAGACACGAGAACGUCGAAUUGGAAGACAACGAAGGCCACAAGAUCCUGUUGAAUAUCAUUGACACACCCAACUUUGCCAAUCUGAUCAACUGUGACGAAGACUUCAAAGUCGUCGUUGACUUUAUAAGACAUCAAUACGACGAGGUGUUGUUGGAGGAGUCACGCGUCAAGCGUAAUCCUCGGUUCAAAGAUGGCAGAAUUCAUGUGUUGAUCUACAUGAUCAACGCUACGGGUCAUGGCCUUUCUGAGAUCGACGUCAAGUUCAUGUUGCACGUGAACAACUUGGUCAACAUCAUCCCUGUAAUUGCCAAGGCUGACUCCUUGACACCCUCCGAAUUGAAGCUCAACAAGGAGUUGAUCUUGGAGGACUUGACCAACUAUGGCAUCAACUUCUACAAGUUCAACGAGUACGAAUACGAGCAGGACUACAUCGAUGACGAGAUUGUUGAGUACAACAAGUACUUGAACUCGCUUGUGCCUUUUGCUGUUAUUGGAGCCAACGAGUACCAGGAAAGCCCAAAUGAAGAUGAUGACUUGCUCAAGCUCCGGAUAUUAAAUCCUAAGUUUUCCCAGCCCAUAAACGUGGAGAACCCAGACAUCAACGACUUCACCAUCUUGAAGAACGUAUUGUUGAUCACGCACUUGAAUGAGUUCAAGGAGUUGACCCACGACCAGAUCUACGAAAACUACAGAACAGAAGCUCUUUCAGGCAAGAAAUUCGAGUACGUAGGCAACUCGUCCAAGCCUAGUGACGAGAAGGCAGAUCCAGAGUCCAACUAUUUGUUGAAGGAGGAACAGAUCAAGCUUGAGGAAGAAAGAUUGAAGAAGUUCGAAGAAAGAGUCCACCAGGAGUUGAUCAACCAAAGAUUGGAGCUUUUGGAAAAGGAGAAUGAAUUGAAGGAAAUCGAAAAGAGAUUGUUGGCAGAAGGCUUGCAGUUGGACGAAGAAGGUGAGGUGGUCAAGAUC